ACAGAUGAUUGAGCCCGUGCUCGGUCUCCGGCGAGCGUUUAUCUGUCAAAAGUGGGGCGAGGGGCCGGCGGUGUGACGAUGAGCCGGCAAAAGCUCGUCUUCUGAUCGGCCGGCGACAAGUGUCGAGAGUCGGCGGUUCGUUGCGGUCACCGUCGAGCGAAGCGCGUUGCGGGCGCGCAGCGGCGCGCGUGCACCGAGACCGAGGAGCACCGAACCGAACCUAACCUAGCAGGCGCGGCUCGAGCCGCGCUCGUCAUGUGAGAGUCCAAGGACCGGGGAGUUGGAACGGACCGUUUCCCUCGGGACACCAAAGAUGCCCACCGCGCGGGAUUUGGCCGCGACCACCCUCCUCCUGGCCGCGCUCCUGGUGACAGGUCUCUUUAAGUAGGGCUUCGAUUACACACGCUUUCAUUUCGGAUUUUGCUUUCGUCCCUUGCGCUUGGUGAGGUCAGGUGUACCGGAAGUAGAGGCUUCGAAACGUGGCGCGGGAGUCUGGAGAGGGACUGUCUAUGUCAUCCUGGGAAAUAAUAGGAGUCAUCGGCGAGCAGCUCAGGCCCUGCGACAUGAAGAAUUUAACCGACUCGUGCGGCCCCAACGAGAGCUGCGUCCUGAGGAACGGCUCGAGCACCGCCCGAUGCGAGUGCAAGCGAGGUUAUGAGUUUAUCAAGGGCGCCUGCACGUUCGUCGCGUCGACGAUACCGAUCAUCGUCGAUCCCACUACCUCGAAGCCGGAAACGAAGCCAAGUUCCGGUGGCAGCUCCGUAGCGGCUCAUCUCCUAGUGCCAGUUUUCCUCAUAGUUAUCGCCUGCUUGGUGUACGUCGGCGCAAGGCGGUACAAAUGGCUGCAACGAUUCCAGCAGUACCGACAGAAUCGUUACGGCAACGUCCUAGUCACGAGAGAGGACGACGACGACGACCCGCCGCUCGCGUAGGAUUCGCAAGAUGGCCGUCCGAGGAACGGGUUCUGAUUGGUGGAACGAUAUCGGUCGGCGACAGCCCAUUGGCCGAGUGGACUCUUCCUCCCCUCUUCUGGGAUGCGAGGACUCGCAGGGACUCUGAAGACUUCGAAUAUCCGCAAGAAAUUACCAUUUCUCCGCUUCUACCGGUCUGGGGUAUUUCUACAGCCGCGUGCGUCUUGUAUAUAUUCCCCAUCGUCUAGGGGAAUUCCUUUCCCUUAGGGGGGAAGUCCUGCAAGCGUGCUCUUAGCGUGAGGUGCAGGCAUCGUGUCGGAGGAAGAGCAAGGGAAAUUACCGACGAGCAAAUUUGAACUUGGUCUUCGUCUUUGUCUUGGUUCUUGGAAUGUCCAGUCUUUGUUUUAACCUUGCAAAUAUAUGCGGGACCUGGAGAAGUUCGAGGUUAUGGCCAAGAAACGGUUUUGCUCGUCCGGAAUGUUAGCCUCGGUUGUACCUGGGAUCGGAUGUCUCUUUUUUUUUCUCUAUAAGCUAGCGUCAGGAUAUUUGUCAUUUCGGGCUCGGCGGAAUGGAAACCCACCCGGCGCUUGCGAAAUGGCUUCUUCCAGCGCCGAUUCCGCCACGAGAGUCUAGAUUUCUAUUUACGGACGCCCGGCGGUUAUGCCUCGACAAGGCCAUCCGGCGUCACUCGCGCCGAGGGCUGAAUAUUUUUUACCGAUCGAUACUAGAUAAGCAGGUCCUCGAACAUGAACUCUAAUCAAUUCUCAAAGUUGAAUGUGUACUACCCCGAGGCGCGAGCAAAAGGAUACGCCACCCCGGACGAUUGGAAGAAACGUCUUAAAAAUCUCACCUAAUGUUCGACUUUCCAUUUCGAAUAUCGCCGCAAGAAUAACGAGAGGGAACUCCAAAGAUUUGGAAUUCUUCAAGCGGGAGAAAUAGCGAGGCCGUGUAAAUUUAAGUUGAGAUUUGUCUUUUUAUUUGCGGGAAAAAGAAUUUCUUUCCCUCUCCUAAGGCGGUUGUAAUUCCCACUAGAGGUCUUCUCGAGUAAAUUCACGUUUCGUAUCAUUUCCUGGAGAUGUACUUCGAGUCGGAGAUGUGUUUUUGUCCAAAAUUCGGAGAGGCGUUCCUCGAGAUAGAAACGUCGAGUCGAAACUCGGCUCGUCCUCCUGUAAUAUAAGCCGACAUUGUACAUAUACGUAAUCUCGGGACAAACGUCGUAUAUUAUAUUCGCUAUCUACGAGCAUAAUCUUGCCAGGUAAUCAAGUAAUCGUUUAAGCGCCAUUAACUGGUUAAGAGAGGAGCUGCUUCCCUCUUUCCUCGUUGACCUCUCGACGCAAUGGCGAGAGGCCGAUCGCACCGGUUCUCGUUUCGAUUAAUUACCGAUUACUCAACCGACCAUUAACCGAUCGAUUACACGUCGAUACAUCAUCGUGCACGAGAGAGCGCAAAAACAAACGUCGCAUUUAAUCCUGAUAAGCGCUCGGGUCGCAACUGCUACCGACUCGGAGCUAUGUUAUAAAAUUUGGUUUGUUUCUUACUAUUAUUAAAAAAAAAAAAGUGCUACAUGUAAACGUAAUCUUUUCGAUCUAAGGUUUAAGAUAGGUCGGAGGGACUCAGGCCUGAUUUAUUUUAACCGAAGAGUUGACCAAACGAACCGAGAAUGUUGGAAAGUGUUCUGGUGCGAGGCGGCCUCGAGAAACCUAUUCUUCUACUCGGUCCUUUUGUACAAAUCUACUUUGAAACUAAGCCGGAAGGAAAGAGCGGCGAAAGACCUACCAAAUUCUGUAAUUUCCGGAGCGUAUCGCAGUCAUCGGCGAGGAUUACGAAAAGGUGCGACUAGCGCCCUUGACACUCUCUUCUUCGUCCUCGUUCUUAAGCUGGACACGUUUUACCUUUUGGGGCGACCCCGAUGGCUUCGUUGCGCUCGUUCUCGUGAUUUCUCUUGCGGUCUGAUCCGCGGAGUGCCGAGGACGUACCGUUACGUAAUUUAUUUUCUUUGUAAAAUAGUAAUAAACGUCGUGAAAACUGUU